AUGCGCGUCGCAGUCGUCGGCGGUGGCGUAUCCGGCCUCGGCGCCGUGUGGGCCCUCAACGAGCACUCGGACCACGAGGUGCAUCUCUUCGAACCCGGCGAAUGGAUCGGAGGACACACAAACACCCAGGACUUUGUCCAUCCGCGCUCGUCUGGAAACGAGAGCACCCCAGUCGACACUGGCUUCAUCGUCUUCAACGAGGUCACCUACCCCAACCUCCUCCGCUUCUUCAAGCUGGUCGGCGUCGAAAUCCUCGACUCCGAGAUGAGCUUUUCGGUAUCGAGGUACGGCAAGACGCCCCGGCCCAACGCGCAGCACCACGCCACUGGCGUCGAGGCAGAGCGCGGCAUGUUUGAGUGGGCCGGCACCAGCCCCGCCGCCCUCUUCUGCCAGCCCCGCAACCUGUUCAACCCGGCUCACUGGAGGAUGGUGUGGGACAUCAUACGCUUCAACCAGCAGUCGGUCGACUACCUCCGCCAGAACCAGCACCACGUCGGCCAGGAAAUCAGCAUCGGAGAGUGGCUCAAGCAGCGCGGCUACUCGGACGCCUUUGUCCGCAAUUACCUCAUCCCCGUCACGGCGAGCAUCUGGAGCACCGCCCCCUCGACGGCCCUGUCGUCGUUCCCCGCCAUCACGCUGCUGCGCUUCAUGCACAACCACCACCUCCUCCAGCUCGUCAACCGCCCGCAGUGGCUCACCUGCAAGGGAGGCUCGCGCAACUAUGUUGAGCGCAUCAUCUCCAAGCUGCCCGACGAGCGCAUCCACCGCGGCAAGGCCGGCGAGAUCGUCUCGGCACGCAGGCAGGAGAACGGCUGGGUGCUGUGCGACGCCAACCGCAGCGAGGCGCCUGGCCGCUUCGACAAGGUCAUCUUCGCUUGCCACGCCGACACGAGUGUGGCCAUCCUCGACGAGGCGCUGCCCAGCGACAGCGAGGUGCGCAAGACGCUCGAGCGCUUCCACUUUAGCGAGAAUGUCGCCGUGCUCCACGCCGACAAGCGGCUGCUGCCCGUGCGGAGGCAGGCGUGGUCGGCAUGGAACUUUGUCACCGAGACCGUCUCGGCGGCCGAGGCGGGCCAGCAGGCCAACGGCGGCGCCGACAACGGCUCGGACGACGUCGACGUUGUCUGUCUGACGUACAACAUGAAUAUCCUGCAGCACAUCCCGACGUCCAAGUUUGGCGACGUGCUCGUCACGCUCAACCCGGCCGAACGCGACUCGUCGCCGUACAAGCCGGACCCGUCGCUGGUACUGCGGACGCAAAAGUACACCCACCCGCUCUACACGCCUGACACGGUGCAGGCGCAAAAGGAGCUCAAGCCGCUCCAGGGGCGCAACGGCCUGUUUUUCGCUGGCGCGUGGACCAACUACGGCUUCCACGAGGACGGCUUUUCGAGCGGGCUGCGUGCCGCCGAGGCCAUCGAGGGUGUCCAGCUGCCGUUUGACGUGCGUGCCGCCGAACGCAAGCUGCCGGCGUCCAAGGGCCUCAACGUGGUCGCCGUCGACGUGCUCGAUGCGGCGGGCCGCCUGUCGCCCGUGCGGUGGGCGGCACAGGCCACGCUCGCGGUGCUGCUCUAUCUGUUCGCGCUCGAGGCGUUCGUCAGCAGUCUGCUGCUGCGCUUCGGCCUGGUGGACGGAAAGAAGCUCAACGGCUGGAAAAAGGAGGUGCUGGCGGUGCGCAGCUUCCUCGAGGACGCGCAGGCCCGCCCGGCCGGCAGGGUGCGCAGCCGCGAGGGCUACUCGAAGGCCAAGCUGCAGUAG